AUGUCAGUUCCAGAACGUAUCAGUGUCAAGAGACGUCGAUCUCAAGAACCCGUCGAUGCCCUGUAUCUCGAACACGGCACUGUCCCAGAUAGGAAACGGAGAGUGACAGACUUUUACUUCCAACGGCUCAGCCAUGAUCCCAUCGCUCCUCUAUCCUCCCACGAGGCGCCUUCCCGACCUCACGAGCCUCCCCAAGCGUCUGCCGACGGCAUCCCGGCGAUAAAGUCGACUGCGCCCGGAGAUGACAAGAAAGACUUUGAGAGGCUGAGAGGACAUCUGAAUGGUACUGAGGCUGCUGAAAGAGUGAUGAACAAGUCACCGACACCUGCCGACACGGGUAGCCAUUCUGCGCCAGCGACUCCCGCCUCGAAUGAAAAACUAGAGUCCGCGAGACGCUUCCAUCUUGCCCGUCAUCUCGCUCCCGCGCUGGGCCCGAAUGUGUCUGGCGGCAUCAGGAAGCAGAGACUCUCAAUCCGACCUCCUCUAGCCACCUUCGUUGAGCGGCUCGGUGUGAAGUUCCGUCAUGAAGACGAUUCGCUGUAUGGAGGAAAGCCCGUGGACAAGAUAUUGGAUGUUUCCCCAGGCGAGACUUCGGCCAAUUCCGAAGAACCGAGUGCUGGAGCAUUGCAGGCGGCUCAGCGACAUACUACCAACACAUUCCUUCAAAAUGUACCCAACGGUAUCAAGGAGGGCAACUCGAUUCGGGACCAUCCGAGUACUUGGGACCACGAAUCCGACCAGCUGGCGGAUGAGCUGGCAGCUCUAGCUAUGGAGUUAGAUCCUGAGGCCAAGCAACGGCUGGAGCGCGAAUACCCUCCCACGUUGGCACCUGCGACAAAAAAUGUUGACAUGAGCAUUCGCAACCACGAGGAAGAUUACAUCUAUGAGACAUAUAUCCGUGUGCGAUGUGAUGACGAGACAGGGCGCUUGCUCGACUUGCCCGAUGCCAAUAUUGGCUUGCUUGUGAUCGACGAAGAGGACGAGGAUUUGUGGCAGAGAUAUGUCAACAGUGACGAUGAAACAGACUGGGACGAAGAAGAUUCUAACGCUGAAGAUAACCCCGCCAACGACUAUCCUGAGGAUGAAGUAAGCUCGGACGAUGAGUUUGGCUUGAACGCCUACAAGUACCGACAACAUGCCUCGGAUGACGAAGCUUUUGACGAAGACGACUUUGACAAGGUCGACAGCAAUCGGUGA